AUCUGCCCGCCUCAGGCCGCGACCGACCAGCCAGCGCACCCUUCCCCCCCCCCUCCCCAACAACCCGGGAUCAUAAAGUGAGAGAACAAACCCGUCCUAAAAAGGUUUAACCCUUUCUCCUUUGCCUCCCCUCCAACCCAGAAGCUACUUCUCCCCCCACCCCUCUCCUCCAACCACCCCUCCCCGUCCCCCAGCCCGGCGACGGAGCUCCCCAACUCUCGCCCGGGGCAGGCAGCCACGGCAAGGAGAAGAGGCGGCGGCGGUGGCGGCGGUAACGGGCACCGCGGCUGUGACAAGUAAAGCGCCCGCAACACGGCCAAGCAGGCUGGGGGGCGCAGCCGGGGGCGUAGCUGUUUUGUCCCAGAGCUCCAUGCACCGUGGCGAAGACGCGGCGCCAAGAAGGCAGGGCGCAAGUCCAAGCCCAAGCCCGUCUCCCCGCGCCUGGCUGCAAACGGAGAUUUCCCAAUCCUUGGCACCCUCCAGAUGGAUGGACGUCAAAUCUCAGCAAUCACCACACUUCUGCGAGUUGAGGUCCACAUAUCUGGAAGGCCCCCAGGCUGGGGAAGGCUGCUGGAGCUGAUUAUCUAUUCUGUCUCACUUGAGGUUUAAUUGCAAGAAUCCAGAGGAAUGGAUCUUUGGUUGUUGCUGUUUACGAUGGCUCUGGCAUCUGCGAACAGUUCUUUUUCCACAAUGAAACCAGCUUCAGGGCAACCACAUAUAAUUCAGUGUCGAUCACCUGAAAUGGAAACAUUCUCUUGUUAUUGGUAUACAGAUUAUUUUCCUCUUGAAUUGGAACCAGGAAAAAUUCAAUUGCUGUACUCAAUAAGGUCAAGUGAGGGGGAAGAAUGGAAAGACUGUCCUGAUUAUACAACUUCUGGCGAAAACAGCUGUUACUUCAAUAAAUCCUUCACCUCCAUUUGGGUCCCUUACUCUGUUCGGCUUUACAUUGCAGAUCAGUUAUACGAUGAAAAAGAAUUCCGGGUGGAGGAUAUAGUAAUUCCAGAUCCUCCAAUUGGGCUGAACUGGACAGUGCUAAACAUCAGCCCAAGUGGUGUCUAUACUGAUAUAAAGGUUAGGUGGAAUCCUCCACUCUCUGCAGAUGUUGAUACUGGAUGGCUCAUACCUUUCUAUCAGCUUCAGUUUAAAGAUAUCAAUGCAACAGAAUGGCAUGAGCUGGAUCCAAAACGUGGCACCGAAAUUCCAGUAUAUUCUUUAAAGACAUGCCACGAUUAUGAGAUACGGGUUCGAGCAAAAGGAACACCUGAAGUUUAUGGCGAAUUCAGUGAUGUGCUAUAUGUAUCAUUUGAUUCAAAAGGACUGGUGGCAUGUGAGGAAGAAUUCCAAAUUCCUUGGCCUGUGGUGUUGGCCUUUGGGAUACUUGGCCUAAUGGUGAUGCUGUCUAUAGUCUUCUUUUCUAAACAACAAAAGCUGAAAAUACUGAUAUUUCCUCCUGUUCCAGUGCCCAAAAUUAAAGGAAUUGAUCCAGACCUCUUAAAGAAAGGAAAACUGGAUGAAGUUAAUUCCAUUUUAGCAAGUCAUGGUAGCUACAUGCCCCAGCUUUAUGGAGAUGACUCUUGGGUGGAAUUUAUUGAAUUGGAUAUAGAUGACGCUGAAGAUAGAACUGAAGGAUCAGAUACUGAGAGGCUCCUUGGUGGUGUUCACACAAAAUCUCAUGGCUGCCUUGCAGUGAGGGAUGAUGAUUCUGGACGGGCCAGCUGCUGUGAGCCUGAUAUCCCAGAGACUGAUUUUAGUGCAAGUGAUACAUGCGAUGGAACUUCUGACAUUGAUCAGUCCAAGAAGGUAAGUGAUAAAGAAGAGGAUCUCUUGUGCCUUGAUCAAAAAGAUAGCGAGAAAUCAAUCCCAGGUCUUGAUGAUGCAUCUGCCUGCUUGCCAUCGGAUAAUCCAACCAAAGAACAGGACCUAAAACCCCAUGUUCCUGCCACUGAGAUAACCAGUCCACUUGUCCAGACCCAGUUAAGCAAUCAAAGUUCACUAGGGAACAUUGACUUUUACACACAAGUCAGCAACAUUACACCAAGAGGAAGUGUUGUGCUAUCCCCAGGACAAAAAAUGAAGACAGGGAAAGCUCAAAGUGAAGCUCAGAGAGAAGCAGUUGCACAGUGUCAACCAACCUUGGCCAUGGACAAUGCCUAUUUCUGUGAAUUGGAUGUGAAAAAAUGUGCCACUGUGACAUCCCCCAAAGAAGAUGAGCCAGAAGUUCAAGUCCAGAGCUUUCCUGAGGAUGCUUACUUGACCACUGAGAGCUUUGUCAUUCAUCCUGUGAUCCCUGCUAUGGUAGCAACAGCUGCAGAAGAAAAAGAUCCGGAAGCUUCUGAGAUACCUGUGGCAGACUAUACCUCCAUUCAUAUGGUACAGUCUCCACAAGGUCUUCUUCUCAACGCAACAGCUCUCCAUGUGCCAGACAAAGAAUUCAUCAUGUCAUCUGGCUAUGUGAGCACAGAGCAACUUAACAAAAUCUUGUCAUAGGUUUCUUUCUUUUUCUUUUCUUUUUUUAGCUUGUAGGAAACUGUGUCAUCAUUAGCUCUAUGAAGCUCAAAAUGCAUAUGGCGUUGGGAGUUUUCCAAUUCAGCACAGUGUUAACAGAAAACGUCUGAAGUUUGCAGAACAUUUAUUAACUAUGAUGUGAACGGGAAGGCCAAUUCCCAAAAGGAAUUCUGUGUUUCUAUGCUUUAACCAGAGCCAAGGUGUCCAAUAGUUUCAGAUGGUUGGUGAUGAUGCAGUCCUUUCCACUUUUACCUGUGUUGUUGAAUCAAUCACAGUAUUGCUUUUGUGUCUUGUAAAUAUUGUCUAACCAAAUGUUGCUGGUGCUGAUUUGGUAGCAUGACUGUCCUUUGUUGUAGGUGUUGCUUUGGGCUUCUCCCAAAUACAUUGGGUAUCUGUGUCGUGCAUUGGAAAUCAUUUUUUCUUCAAAAACCUAAUAGCAAGUGUGGAAUUUUGUUUGUUUGCUCACUUGUUUGAAGAUUUUGAGAUGUUUAUUCUGGGAACUGGAGAAUGAAAGAUUAGAUAAAGAAGCAAAAAGAGUUUUGUUCAAUAGAGAGUUAUUAUGGUUAAUAUAAAUAUAAAUCUACUUUAAUACUUCAGGUAAGCAAGCAUGAAUAUUUUAUACUUGGACUGCAUACUGAGGUUUAAUUAUUAUGAUCGAUGUAUGGAAUGUGUCUGCUGCAAUCAGUAUAGCAAUUACCAAAAGAAUAAGGAAAAAUAUUUUUAUAUCUCCACCAAAGCUAUAGAGAAUUUUAAGUUGCAGCACUGCUGAGGGUGGGGUGGGUGGGUGAU